AGCCCCCUCGGAAAGCAUCUUCGAAAACGCUGGAGCCAGCAGCAUCCCAGUGACAUCAUCAGCAUCCUUGGAGAGGAGGCUGUCUCCAAGGCAACAGGGCCCGGGCAUCGCCCAAUGGAAUGCUGGCAUCCGAGCUAUUGUGGAACCAACAGGGAAGCAGAUGACCGUUCCAGCCUUCUGGUCUCCUCACCUGGAUCCCCUGGAGAAGUGACAUCCUGGCUUUCUCUCUGCCUGGUGCUGAUGACCGCUAGCCAGCUCUGCCAACCGCCAGCUGCACCGGCUUGGCCAGCAGAACCGGUGCCAAGGACACAUCCCGGACUUUCCCGCCGAUGAGGCAGUGAGGGCUUGGGUGGUACCCCAACACAGCACUGAUGGCCAGGGCCGGAGAGCAGAUCUGUGGCUGCCAGCGGGGUCCAAACAUGGAGGAGGGCAAAUGGUACGGCGUCCGUUCGUACCUGCAUCUUUUCUACGAGGACUGCACUGGCACCCAUUCGGAAGACAAUUUGGAGAAUGCUGCUACAUCCCCCACCAAGGCUGGCUGGACCCCCGUCUUCUGGAAGGUGACGCUUUCAGCCGGGACUCUGCUGAUGCUCACCGGCGCGGCGGCUCUAACCACGGGGUCCCUCCUGCCCUCCAGGUUGGAGGACAUUGGUGAAGCUGAGUUUGUGGUGCUGGACCAGCGAGCCGUAGAUUACACCGGUGCCCUGGAUAUCUGCCGAGCUGUCGGUGUGGUGCUGUGCGCCGUCGCUGGGGUGUUGCUGGCGGCCUCGGUUGUGUUGUCCAGGAUUGGCAGAAGGAACCGGACUGGCUAUCCAGGCGACAAUGGCAAGGAAGAACAGCUGUCGCCCAUCUUGCAGGAGAAUGCCCCCCAUCCAUGGGGUGCCAUCGUCUCAGCGACCCCCGCCCCUUUCCAAGUCUCCUGGGUACAGGGCGUCCAGCCAAAGGGAGAGAUGUGAAUUCAGAUUCACCAAAAGCUGUUCAGGCACCAAAGCAGUGUUUCCCAACCUUCAAGAUAGGUGGACUUCAACUCCCAGAAUUCCCCAGCCAGCACAUGCUGGCUAGGGAAUUCUGGGAGUUGAAGUCCUUCUAUCCACAGGUGGAAAGCUGGGUUCCACCUCCAGAGACAGUGGCCUGCAGAUCACGUGAUCUGCAUUUGCGACCUUUCCCAUCCCGCUUCCAACAAAUCAAGUCAGUAAGGGGACGCCGGAUUCACUUAAUGACUGUAUGAUUCACUUAACAGCUGCAGUGACUUGCUUAACAGCCAUGGCAAAAAAAGGUUGUAUAAUUGGGCAUGAUUCACUUAACAAUCACCUUGUUUAGUGACUGAAAUUGUGGACGUAAGUCGAGGACUAUCUGUAACAGCAGAAUCAAGGAAGGGUCUACCUCCCUAUUUCUGCUUUGGUAUCUUCCCUCCAUUUUUCAAUUACCCCUGGUUUUAAGUUGGGAGAUGCCCAAAGUGGGGGGAGCCAAGCAGACAGAUCCCUCCCUUUACUACUUCAGGGCCCAGAAUUAAGAGAUAUCUCCUUGCUGAUUGGUGGUGAGCAGUAGGAAGCGGGCAACAAAAGCCAGUGGAGAAACAAAUCACUUGGUCUGGAACGAGCAGCCGGAUGCACCAAUCAGGAGAGACCAUUUGACAGCACCCUGGUAAAGACAGGAAUGGAAGUGGGAGGAGCAUCAGCUGUGGAGGCCGUACCAUUUUCUGAUUCAAGGGGGAAACUCCAUAGCGGGAAAGACCAUCAGAGAGACGGGGGGGGCAGCUGCGCAGAAUCUUUCGGCCUUCAUGUGGUCCUCUACUUGAGGGAAGAAACCAGCUUAGAAUAAUAAAGACUGAAAUAAG